GUGUAGUUCAAAGCAACCGCGAAGGUAAGAAAUGRAURGAUUUCAUUUCUCWUUACCGUUUUCGAUUUGUUUCAUUAGUARYCGUCUCGUGCUCACACGUUGUUCAUUGAAUAUUACGAUUGUUUAGAGAUGAGUCAACCUGAGCCAUUGAGCCAGUUGACUCAAGAUUAUGAACCAGACCAGUCUUCGAUGAAGUAUGAUACUAUAGACUCUGUUGAGGGGGCAGGUAUAGCAUCCCAGAUGGAAAGGAUGAAGCAACGCGUAGAACAAUUGGAGAAAGAAAAGAUGGAGCUAUCUAUGUCAAAGGCACCUCUCGAGGCAAGGUUUCGUCAAAAAGAAGAUCUGUGGCAAAAAGAUAGGACAAG